GUCUAACCAAUCAGCUGACAGCCAGUGACAGCAAGAGAUUAUUUUCCCAUGUUGUAAAAGAGUGUACAAAUUGUGAUAAAUUAUUACAUAAAACACCAGUGACGCUAGUUACCACAGUAAUAAGUGACAAAACACAGACACUAUUUAGUGUACACAACAUUUGCGAUGGAUCUACGCAUUUACAUUUGUGACCUGACCAAAUACAUGUGUUAGCAGCUCUGGAAACUCGACAAUGGAAAAGCCCCUGCUAAUACACCAUAAAAACAAAUUUCAAACAUAUAAUUUCAGUAUAAUUUAAUUUUAAAGACAUAAAUAGUUAAUUUCCUGUAUCUAGUCUCAGAAUUGUGUUUGUAAAACAUUUAUUAAUUAAUAAUUUAAAAGUAUAUCAUUGUUAACAGUUUACCAUUUUAAAUCGACAACCACUUUUGAAGUGUCACGCAAUAUUCCAUUAUUAAGUUAUAUUAUUAUACUAUUAUAGAAAAUAAUUAAAACUGUUGUGAAAGAUCGUAGUUGAUAGUUAGUGUGUAUGUUACCAAAGAGUAAAAGAAAUACAUUACUAUUUUAAACAUAGAAAUAUAAUUCACAUAGAGAUAUUAGUUGGCAACAUAGAUGCUUGUUAGUUUAUGGAGUAAGGCAGAGCCAGUGGGUCAGAAAGAGAGGGAAACACAGAAAGAGAAGGACAGCAAAUCCAAGAUGGCCGCCACAAUUGUGGAAACUCCGCCCCCUCAGUUAAUUACUAACAUAGAGUGGAGUAUGAUGGAUAAAAGCAAGUUUUUUCCUCUGUCUAUGCUGAGCAGUUUUACUGUCCGCUGCGCCCUGUAUCCCCUCACUCUGGUGAAGACACAGAUCCAGAUUCAGCGGAAGAAGGAAGCUUACAAGGGGGUCUUUGACGCGAUAUCUCAGAUAUACAGGAACGAGGGCGUCCCCGGGCUUUAUAGAGGCUUUUGGCUCUCCAGUUUUCAGAUAAUAUCUGGAGUGUUCUAUAUAUCUACGUACGAGGGGGUGCGACACGAACUGGGCAAAUACGAUGUCGAUCCUAAAAUGAAGUCAUUCAUAGGCGGAGGCUGCGCCUCAAUAGUGGGGCAGACCAUCAUAGUUCCUUUCGACGUGCUCAGCCAACACCUGAUGGUGUUAGGGCUGGUGAAGGGACGAGCAGGGGGUGCUAAGAACCCGAAAAUCAACCCGCUCGGUCUAACAACAGAGCUCAACCAGUCGCGCGCGGCGCUCGCUCGGGCCGUCGCUCUCCGAGUGUACCGGCUACACGGUCCGCUAGGCUACUACCGCGGCUACACGGCCAGCCUCGCCGCCUACGUGCCCAACUCCGCGCUGUGGUGGGCGCUGUAUACUGCGUAUCAAGACGAGCUCCUAAAAAUCUGCCCCCCAUGGGUGUCGCACCUGCUGAUCCAGUGCGCGGCGGGCACGCUGGGCGGGUUCACCACCACGCUGCUCACCAACCCCCUGGACAUCGUGCGCGCGAGGCUGCAGGUGGAAGGAGUAGGCACGAUGCGUCAAGUGUUCCAGGAGCUGUGGGCAGAAGAAGGUUUCGUAGGACUCUACCUCAAGGGCCUGUCAGCCAGGCUGGUGCAAUCGGCUUGUUUCUCAUUCAGCAUUAUACUUGGUUAUGAGAGUAUUAAACGAGUGGCACUGAGCGAGGAGUAUAGAGCCAGAGUGCGUUGGUGAAUAAAUGAGGUUUUAAAUGAGA